GAAGAAGAGAAUCGAAGAAAAAAGGAGGAACUACUUAUUCAACGGCAACAGCGGAUUGCUCAAAGAAGUGCUGCUAUUAGUACUCCACCAGUGUCAUCCAAGAGCAGCAAAGUAGAAAGUAAACCCGCACCACGUCCUUUGAAAAAAGACAAGCAAUCAUCUCUGCUCCCAAUUCAAGAAACAAAGAAUUUUUCUUCCCAUAAAUCAGAUCCUGCAAGUUCGGCCAAGGAUCACCUUUCAUCUGCACAGAACAAACAUAAGGAAUCUGGUCCAUUAAAAUCAUCCCAACCGAAAAAAUCAGCAAAACUAUGGAUGAUGUAGCAGCUAAUCAACCCGCAUCAGAGAAAACUAUGUUGCAGAUAGAGCUAAGAGAGUCAAAUCAGAUAUCUGGGAAGGAGAGGCUUCCUGAUCAGAUCAGAUUGUUGUCAGAAAAGACUACAGCUCAGGUAGAAUUAAGCAAGUCAUUUGCAAAUCAAUCCCCCGAUGCAAAUCAGACAUCUGGCCUUGAUACUUCUGUUGAUACAAAGGAGAUGCUUUCUAGCAGGGAAAAAAAUGUGAUGGGCUGCAAUGCUUCAAUACAGAAUGAUAGUUUGCAGCUACAAGGGCCAUCAUCUUUCAUAGCAAGUGGACAACAAAAUGGUUAUCAUAUGUGUACUUUGGGUGAUAAAAGCUGCAAUCAAGAUUGUGACAAUUUAUCAUUUCCAACUGCAGAUCAUUCAAAAGGAUUAGGUUCCCUAAAAUUUAAAGAUGACAGGGAAAGACCAUCUGCCUCAAUUGCCGAUACACUUAAAGCAUGCCUGCAGGAUUCUGAAGAGAAAACAGUUCUUGACAUGUUGGCUUCCCAAGCCAAUGGAUGCAUUACCGAUGCUUGCUCAGCUCUAAAUAUUUCUCAGAAUUGUCAGAUACUCGUCAGUUCUGAAACAUCACCAACAGCUGGUGAGAAAGCUUCAAAUUCUGCUGAUGUAGAUGUUCAAAACGGGAAAGGUGCAACACAUGCCAACCUUCCACCCUCACGUGAAAUUUCAGAGAUAGAAAUCAUAACUGACUCUGAGUCGACCCCACCUCCUCUAAAUGGUAUGAACUCUAAACUGCCCUAUUCAAGGAAGAAAUGGGCUGGCAAUGAUGGCCAUCCAUCUGCAAAGGGAAUCAAGAAACUUCUUCUGUUUGGUUGGAAAAGCCACAACUCUGCUGCCUAUUGAUCAGAUCUCAAUUGCUUUCUGUGCUACAAGGGUGACCAUGAUGAAAAACGACCUGGAGAGGAGCGGUGAAGCUUUGUUUCUAUUCGUUGAUCUGUACUACCCAGGUUUUCUACUUCAUAUGCCCCUCAUGCCCACAUUCUCACAAUUCUUAGACACUGUCAGUUCAUGUGAUAGCUUGUUUUCUCCUUUCUGUUGCUGUUUCCACAUCUACAUCUGUGGCUACUUGUUACAAGGGUCGAACUACAGUCAGUUGUUCAGCAUCUAUGUAUGAUAGGAUAAGAUUGAAUAAUUUAGAAGGAUUCAAGUCUAUGGGUUGUGAUCCGCUAAGGCUCUUCAUCAUUCUUCUAUUCCAAUAUUGAAAAAAUAAGGCAUUAGAGACAUUGCGGACAUUCGGUUCAAAGUGUUGGAGUGCUCUUCCAUGGUUUGAAGUUUCCUGGAGGGCUGGAAAGAUGCUGCUGGUUGAAUCAUUCUGCAAAAUUCUCUUACGUGUGGAGCUGUGUUCAUGUCUCCUACCUACAAGUAGCCUAUUUGUUCUGAUAAUUCUUUUGUAUAUUUAUAUAAAAUUUUAAUUUGUUUUUUACGAUGUGGUGAAUCUAUUUAUUGUUGGGUGAGUUGAUGUCAGUUUGUGUGAGAAGUGAUUGGGCCCCCUCUUUCAGCCCCUUGCAAAGUAUUAAAGUUGAACAAUGGGCAGUUGUCCAAAUACAAAAAUAAGCUGCCUUUUCAUAUUUGAUUUUAUUCAUCCUCAUAUCACAGGAGCACUUCAUUCUGUAUUGAAUUUGUGGACAUCAGUGGUGAAUGUAGCCUAGAGAGAUGAUCUCUGAUGCUCGUA